GGCCGGAGCUGAUGCAAUAGUAUUAGCAGACAACGCGUGUGUCUUCCAGCCGGCUAGCAAAGGACUCCAUCUGACCCUGCAUCCGAGCAGCAUCCCACUACCCAAACAGGAAAAAUAAGGGAUAUUAUUUUAACUGUGAAUCUUAUUUAUUCAUUCCGGUGACUUGAAGAUGCCAGUUGUCAGAGCCCUGAGCAAAGUGGCCAAGCAGGCCCUCCUUGCCCCUCACUGCAGCUGCCAGCCUUUGGCUGUUGCCGUGCGCAACAUCAGCUUCUCCCCGCGCCAGGUCACGUCUGACGCCAGCUUUCACUCCGUGUCCUUCUCCGAGACGGACCACCCCAAAGUGCUCAUCACAGGGGGGCUGGGACAGCUUGGGGUGGGGCUUGCUAAGCUGCUGAGGAGGAGGUUUGGAAACAACAAUGUGAUUCUCUCAGACAUCAGGAAACCCCCCAGCCAUGUCUUCCACAGUGGCCCCUUCAUCUACUCUGACAUCUUGGACUACAAGAACCUGCGGGAGAUUGUGGUGAACAACCGCAUCACCUGGCUGGUGCACUACAGCGCUCUCCUCAGUGCUGUGGGGGAGGCCAAUGUGCCCCUGGCUCGGGCCGUCAAUAUUACUGGUUUGCACAACAUCCUGGACAUUGCAGCGGAGCACGGCCUUCGCUUGUUUGUCCCCAGCACCAUCGGCGCCUUUGGCCCCACCUCCCCCCGCAACCCCACCCCCGACCUGUGCGUGCAGCGCCCCCGCACCAUCUACGGCGUCUCCAAGGUCCACGCGGAGCUCAUGGGAGAGUAUUACCACCACAAGUACGGCCUGGACUUCCGCUGUCUGCGCUACCCUGGCAUCAUCUCGGCAGACUCCCAGCCCGGCGGAGGCACCACUGAUUACGCGGUGCAGAUCUUCCACGACGCAGUGAAGACGGGCAAGUUUGAGUGCAACCUGAAGCCGGACACGCGGCUGCCCAUGAUGUACAUCGACGACUGUCUGCGCGCCACCCUGGAGGUGAUGGAGGCCCCCGCCGACACGCUCUCCAUGCGCACCUACAACAUCAACGCCAUGAGCUUCACCCCCGAGGAGCUGGCCACCGAGGUCCAGAAGCAGCUUCCCGACCUGCAGGUCACCUACGACAUCGACCCCGUGCGGCAGGCCAUCGCCGACAGCUGGCCAAUGAACUUCGACGACGACAAUGCGCGCAGGGACUGGGGGUGGAAGCACGAGUACGACCUCCCCGAGCUUGUGCAGACCAUGCUCAACUUCAUCGGCUCAGAUUCUCGAGUUGCCCGCGUCAACUGAGAGCGCUCAAACCCCCCUCCCCCCUCCCCCAAGUCGCCCGAGCCAACUGAGCGCGCUCAGAUCCUGUGUACAUACUGUACAGACUGAUCUAUAGAUAAACGGAGACACGUGGUCUGUAAAUAGUCAUUCUCCUCUCCGUGCGUUGGGAAGCCCUGUUAGCCUAGCGCGUGUGACCAUGUCAGCGGUGCACGACUGUCACGUGCUUUCUGCUUUGUCUGCUAGCGGUGGAGGUGAUCUGCGGCCACCUCUCGCUCUGCUGCUGGGCAAUCGACUCCUGUAAACCUGGUUCCUUUACUGAUUUCUCACAAAUUUAAACCUUUCUGUGUGGCUGCUAACCAGUAAAUUGAAACUGGCGUUUUCUGGUAAAACCAAAUUCUUGCUGUCUGAGAUCCGUUUUCACUAAAUCAAAGAAACCGAGAUUGUGGACAUACGGAAAUUGGGUGAAAUUUUCUUUUUUUAUUUCAGAUUUUGUUUUUCCUGGCUGCCAUUUUUGUAAAUCCACAAAUUUACAUUUGGCCUCCUGGAAUGUAAAGGAGGCCACGCAGAGACUUAGAUUUGUAUGAAAUUCAGAGACAUCUGUUUCUUCUGCUAAACACAGUGUGAAUUCAGGUACUGGGUAGUCUCUACAUUGAGGACCAGAAAGGGAUAAUUAUUGAGUUGGAGUACUUAAUUAGGAUGAUGACAUUUAUUGUUAAAGGUAGUCUAUUUUUUUCCUCCUGUUUUUGGAAAAGAUCCUACUCCAUACACCCACAGUUGCACAAAGUGUGACCUCGGCUUUGUCUGGGGUUGUGCCUCAAUGCAAACAGUGCAACCUGAUGAGAAUGAUGGGGGAUUUCUUUCACCCCAGUAAGAAAGAUAAGAGGAUUAUGAGUUUCUGUCUGGUAAUAAGGAUGAGCUCAUUGUUACAUGUGAUCUAUAAUUUGUUAUUUUUUGUUUAUGUUCUAUUCUGUGCAAUCUAUUUAUUCUGUCUGCAGAGAAAUGUUUUUUAAAAUCAUGCCUGCAGUGUUACGAAGAGUUACUGCACCUUUACUCCAUUGAAAUCAUGGCCUGCUAACCUCUUCUGGGGCACUCAUUAUUGGUGUAUUUACCUCCAAUGAGAGGUUGCAAAUGGUGAUUGUAAAAUUCGAGCUGCCAGCAUUGUAGCAGCAUAGCUGCUGGUGUCUAUAGCUUGCCAUAGAGUUACAUACUGUUCUCAUGGUGAUGGAAAAAAAAAAAGGAUUCUUCGAAAGGAACUGUUACAUCCUACAGCCUAAUGAUUGAAGGGAACGUAGCCAUUUAUACAUGUUUUUUCUAAUUGUUUUGUCAGAAACAAAUGAAAUUAUUUUGUUUGCUAGUGUAUGUUCCUCAGGCUUUGUUCUGUAUAACUGCUUUUUCAUUAAAGCCCUUUUCCAAA